AUGGCUACAGAACGCUGUUUCACUGCCCCCAUCGGAGAGAUCGACCAUUCCGAUCCAAAUUGGAACCGGAGGAAAGAUGCCAUUCCAUCCACCAUCGUGAUAGGGAAAAUGUGGGCAGACAGUGAAGGAUACAGAUUCACCCGCUUGACGGAAGAUCAAGUCCUUGUGGACUUUGAUCAUGAUUCUGCGAGAAAUCCAAUCAAUUGGACUCAUGGGAAGAAAAUGUUCACCGUUCUCACAGCGCUCUUCCUAGUGCUCAACUCUGGGAUAUCGUCCUCUUUACCCAGCAAUGUCGUUCCAGCGAUGAUGCGUGAAUUCAAUGUUACAGGUGACAUGCAGAAGGUUCUCCCCACCGCCGUCUUUCUAAUUGGAUAUGUCGUGGGUCCCUUGUUCUUCAGCCCACUGAGCGAGACAAUCGGGAGGAGACCUGUUCUGCUUGGUAGCUUCACCGUGUUUCUUUUGGGCACGAUAGCGUGUACUUUUGCCCCAAACUGGCCAGCGAUGUUGGUGUUUCGAUUUAUAUGCGGAGCCAUGGGGGCCGCUCCUCAAACCGUAGUAGGUGGAGUCUACGCUGAUAUGUUUGAGACUCCACGUGCUCGGGGCCGAGUCAUGGCAUUUUAUAUGGCGGCGGCGAGCUUUGGUCCAAUUAUUGGUCCCAUUAUUUCCGGGUGCAGCGCGCAGUACGGCUGGCGAUGGACAUUCCGCAUCGACCUCAUCCUUGUCGGCUGUAGCUGGCUUAGUUCGCUUUUCCUGCCAGAGACAUUUAGUCGGGUCAUUGUGAAGAAGCGUGUUGCCAUACUAAACAAGCAGUCAUCGACCCAUAGCUAUGUCUCUCAGCGAGAGCUUCAGAGCACCGCAAUUCAGCGUAGCUUGAAAGAGACCUUGACAAGACCCAUCACCAUGAUGUUCACUGAGCCAAUUAUCCUGUUCAGCGGAAUAUAUUUAGCUUUUGCUUAUGGGCUUAUUUUCUUUUGCUUCCAAGCAUACCCUAUCAUCUUUGAAGGGACCUACGGUUUUGAUGUAAAGCAAACAUCGCUUUGCUAUUUACCCACAUCUUCCGGCAUUGUCUCACUUUACUACGACAUCAUCUAUGAGCGAGCCAAAGCACAAGGGAAAAGAUGGACGACCAUUCCGGAGCUACAGCGACUCCCGGUAGCCUGCAUUGGCGGACCUUGUCUUACCAUUAGCCUCUUUUGGCUAGGAUGGACCGCCAAUCCGCAGAUCUACUGGUUGGUGCCAGUGCUCUCGGGCCUAUUUUUUGGCUUCGGAUACCAGAUAAUCUUCAUUUCGCUGUUGACCUACGUCACAGAUGCGUACAAGAUCUAUUCCGCCAGCGCCCUAGCAGCAUCUGUAAUCACGCGGAGUAUUCUGGGUGCCGUCUUCCCCCUGGCAGCUGAUCCAAUGUAUUCGGCCCUUGGAGUCGGAUGGGGAACAUCGGUCCUGGGCUUUGCAAGCCUGGCUUGCAUUCCCAUUCCGGUGGCCUUCCUCUAUGCUGGAGAGUGGAUUCGCAAGAGAAGCACAUUCUGUCAGCAGCUACUGAAAGAUGAAAGUGCCACAGAAGAUAAUCACGCCACACGCCCUGUGACUCCGGAAGCCGUUUGA